AGGAGAGGGGACCAUGGGCUCCGCUUCAUCCUCCUACCGGGUUAUUUACCUGGACGUGGACGGCAGAAUCCAGAAGGUGGUGUUCAGUAGAUUCUGCAGCCCGUGUGACAUAAAAGAGCUGUUCUGUACAGCCCUGGGUGUGCCAAGGAACACUAAUCUGUCUCUGCUGGAUUCGUCCGGAGCCAUGGUGUCCAUCGACCCCACCAUGCCUCACAACACAGAGAGAUCGCCGUACCGAGUGGUGCCUUUGACUGGAGGACAGCUGGCUGAUAAAGAGGAACUCUUUCAGAAUGUACUGACGCAGGUAGCAGAGCAGUUUUCAAGGGCGUUCAAGAUCAACGAGCUGAAGACCGAGGUCACCAACCGUCUCGCCAUGUUGGAGAAGAGAGUAGAGCUGGAGGGGAUGAAGGUGGUGGAGAUUGAGAAAUGUCGCAACGACAUCAAGAAGCUCCGCGAGGAGAUGGCGUCCAGGAACAACAGUAACUUCCUGGAGGACAAUAAGAAGCUGACUCCUCGCAGAGACGUGCCCUCCUACCCAAAGUACCACCUGUCUAAGGAGACAGUAGAAGCUCUUAGAUUGCCUACAUUCGAUGCUUGGCAGUGGGAACCAAAUGAGAUGCUGAGCUGUCUGGAACAUAUGUACCAUGACCUGGGCUUAGUCAAAGACUUCAACAUCAACCCCAUCACACUCAAGAGAUGGCUGCUUUGUAUCCAUGACAACUACAAGAACAACCCCUUCCACAACUUCCGCCACUGUUUCUGUGUCACCCAGAUGAUGUACAGCAUGAUCUGCCUCUGCAGCCUGCAGGAGAAGUUCACUCAGGUCGACAUUUUGAUUCUCAUGACAGCUGCUGUGUGUCACGAUCUGGAUCAUCCCGGCUUCAACAACACGUACCAGAUCAACGCCAGAACAGAGCUGGCGGUUCGCUACAAUGACAUCUCCCCUCUGGAGAACCACCACUGUGCUGUGGCCUUCCAGAUCUUCUCUCAGCCCGACUGCAACAUCUUCUCCAACUUUGACCCCGAGGCCUUCAAACAGAUUCGUCAGGGAACCAUCACUCUGAUCCUGGCCACAGACAUGGCGCGACACGGCGAGAUCCUGGACUCCUUCAAGCAGAAAGUCGACAACUUCGACUACACAGACGAGGAACACGUCACCUGUCUGAAGAUGGUGCUUAUCAAGUGCUGCGACAUCUCCAACGAGGUGCGGCCCAUGGAGGUGGCUGAGCCCUGGGUCGACUGCCUGCUGGAGGAGUACUUCAUGCAGAGCGACAGGGAGAAGGCUGAGGGGCUUCCUGUGGCUCCGUUCAUGGACAGAGAAAAGGUCACCAAGCCGACGGCUCAGAUUGGCUUCAUCAAGUUUGUCCUCAUCCCCAUGUUUGAGACUGUGAUGAAGCUGUUCCCUCAGAUCGAUGAGGCCAUGGUGCAGCCACUCAGAGAGUCGAGAGACCGAUACGAGGAACUCAAACAGAUUGAUGACGCCAUGAAUGAGGUGCAGAAGAAGAAAAGUGAGAACUUGACUAUGGGAGGGAAGAAGAAGUGAGCAGUUUUGAGGAGCAGCAGCGAGCGAGGUGACGUAAAGUCCUCAGACGUGUUGGUUCGAGACGGGCCGGACAUCUUUCCAUCGCUCCGUCCUCGCCUCGCUUCGCCUGCUGGAAGGCGGAGCAGCGGCAGGACAUGGGAUCUGGAUCUCCAGUCCGUCGCAGACUCUGAUGGACUGGGUUUGAGACAGCAGCGCCACACAGCAGCUCUAGUUACAAACUGCUGAUGGACUCAAGGACCAGCCGGAGCACCCAAAGCCCUUUUCAGGAAACGUCCACAUGUACAGCACAGACAACUUCACUGAACAACAUUUAGAUACUUAACUUGUAUUGUUUUUUAUUUGAAAUGUGUUGUUUUUUACAGAUUGUACAGAUUUUUAGUGACUUUUGUUUUUUCCUAUAAAAAAUAAAAGGAUUACUUUAAUU